UAGAUUAAAGCUGUGCGGAGACCUUCACUAAAGGUUGAAAAAUGGCUACAGGAGCAGAUGUUCGGGAUAUUCUGGAAUUGGGGGGUGGGGAUUCAGAGGUCACUGGAAUCAUCAACAAAAAGGACAUCAUUAAUGCAGAUAAGAAAAAAUCCAAGAAAUCUUCAGAGACUCUCACUUUUAAGAGACCGGAGGGCAUGCAUCGCGAGGUUUACGCACUUCUCUACUCUGACAAAAAGGAUGCACCACCGUUACUACCAAGUGAUACUACACAGGGCUACCGCACAGUGAAGGCAAAACUAGGCUGCAAGAAAGUUCGGCCCUGGAAAUGGAUGCCAUUCACAAAUCCUGCAAGAAAGGAUGGAGCUAUUUUUUUCCACUGGCGUCGAGCUUCAGAAGAAGGAAAGGACUACCCCUUUGCCAGGUUUAAUAAAUCUGUACAGGUUCCAGUUUACUCAGAACAGGAGUAUCAGAUGUAUUUGCAUGAUGAUGGCUGGACUAAAGCUGAGACAGACCAUCUUUUUGACCUCUGCCGACGUUUUGAUCUGCGAUUCAUUGUUAUCCAUGACCGAUAUGAUCAUCAGCAGUUUAAGAAAAGGUCAGCAGAGGAUCUGAAAGAUCGUUAUUAUGGCAUUUGUGCUAAGCUGGCAAAUAUUCGUGCCACCCCAGGGACAGACAUGAAAAUCCCUGUAUUUGAUGCAGGACAUGAGAGGAGGAGAAAGGAGCAGCUGGAAAGAUUGUACAACAGGACACCAGAGCAGGUGUCAGAGGAGGAAUAUCUAAUUCAGGAGCUGCGGAAAAUUGAAAGCAGAAAGAAGGAGCGAGAAAAGAAAGCCCAGGAUCUGCAGAAACUUAUUACUGCAGCUGAUACCACCACAGAGCUGAGGCGUGCUGAACGCAAGGCAACGAAAAAGAAGCUACCACAAAAGAAGGAAACUGAAAAGCCUGCAGUACCGGAAACAGCUGGGAUCAGGUUUCCUGAUUUUAAAUCUGCGGGAGUUACGCUGCGCAGCCAGAGGAUGAAACUGCCAAGCUCAGUUGGACAGAAGAAGAUUAAAGCCCUGGAUCAGAUGCUAACAGAACUAGGAGUAGACUUGAACCCAAUGCCAACAGAGGAAAUUGUGCAAAUGUUUAAUGAGCUUCGCAGUGAUCUAGUGCUGCUGUAUGAACUGAAGCAAGCCUUCUCCAGCUGUGAGUAUGAGUUGCAGAUGUUGCGCCAUCGCUUUGAAGCCCUCUCCAAAAGCGGAAGCACAAGCACAGUUUUACCGGGAGAUGGAGUUGCUGGGGAAAGUCAGGCAGCCUCCGGCACAGAAGAAGUGAAAUCAGAAGCAAAAGAUCCCAUCAUUGAUGUUGUCGGGGCCCCGCUAACACCCAAUUCGAGAAAAAGGAGGGAAUCUGCCUCCAGCUCAUCAUCAGUGAAGAAGAUGAAGAAGCCUUGAGACGAUUGAGCAGCACAGACAGAAAGCAAGAGGCGCUGUGAUUCCCUGGCCCUGUUCCACAAGCCGUCUUAAGUGUUUGGGCAGAAACCAGACAAGCCCCAGGCUUUUGGCAUUCUAGAUUGCCGUAUAUUAGUCGUAUGGAUGUACAUAUUGUCUGCUUAUGUUUGUGUUUAAACAACAAGUACACUGUGAAAACAUUUCUAUGUAUCCUUUUUACCCAUCUGUCCUGCCUCUGGGACACUUGCUUUCCAGAGUUAAUUUGCUGUCCUUGUUCUAAAGGAAGCAGAAUUGUUACAAGGAUGUCAGGUAUUUAUAAAAUCUGAGGAAAUGGGAUUUAAGGAGACCACGUGUGAGCCUGAAUGGAGGAAUUGAGUUUUGCUUUGUUUCUCUAUUAAUAAACAGGUCAUGUAAUUGAUAAGUGGGACCAUAAUAAACAACCUUCUCCUGUU